CACGCUUUCACUUCCACCACUUUCACUCGCGUCCCGCAAUCGCUCUCACGGAAACCUCGCUUAGUAUUGUCGUGCCGCGCACAAUAGCUUGAAUAAGCGUCCUGUGUGCGCAAACUUUUCCAACCAUGCUCCCUCGUCCUGAUUUCCUCAAUCCUCCACACAACCAUCCUCAGACCUGAAGUCGAGCAAUCUACAUUUUCCCACUCUUCAUCCAAAGCACUUUCUAUCUAUAUACUCCCAAUCAGUCACCAUGGCCAAGAAGAACAGCCCGAAAUCCAAGGCCAAGUCUAUGCCUCCCCGAAAAGCGGUCGCCGGCGACCUCUCCAACGGAGGCAGUGCAGACGCGCCAAUUGACAUCUCAUCAAGCCCCAAGAAAGAGGUAGCAGAGAAGGCUACUCGCUCCAAGGGAUCUCCGGGACGCAAGAAGAAGGAGAUGUCGCCGACUUCAAAGAAGCGAGCUCUUAAGGAGUCCGAGCUUGAGCAAGAGCAGGAGCCUACCAGCAAGAAGACCAAGGCGUCUCCAGCCCCCACCACCCCGAAAAAGGAGAAGAAUGGUAGCCCAGCUACAGGCCGCUCGCCCAGCCCAUCUGACCAGGCCGCAACCGUAGUCGACAAGGCCAACUGGCAAGGUUUCUGCGAGAUCGAAUCAGACCCAGCUUACUUCUCUGUCAUCCUGCGCGAGAUAGGCGUCCGCGGUAUCACCGUGCGCGAGGUCCCCUUCCUUGACCCAGGCACCCUCAGUAUGAUCCCAAACCCAAUCUUCGGCUUGAUUCUGCUCUUCCGCCACCGAGAGUUCGAUCUCGCCGCCCAGGAGAAAACCUGCCCGUCCAACGUCUGGUUCGCCAACCAAAUGCCUGGUCAAAACAGCUGCGCGACCUUGGCCAUGAUCCACGCUCUCCUCAACGUCUCCAAGGAGGAGAAUCCAGACGUCGACAUCGGCGAGCACAUGCGCCAAUUCAAGCAGUUCACUUCAACCUUCACGCCCUUCCAGCGCGGCGAAGCCUUCGCCUCCUGGAACUACGUCAAGAAGAUCCACAACUCCUUCGCCAAGGAAAUGGACAUCCUCGAAAACGACAAGCACCUCGCGCACAAAGUCAACAAGGCCAAAAAGGAAGGCAAACCCGCCAAGCCUGGCAAAGAGCGCCGCCACUCCGCCGACUCCAACGCGACCGAUGACUCCGCCGACAGCUUCGAGGAGAACGCGCAUCACUACAUCGCUUUCGUCCCCAUCGCCGGCUCCAUCUGGAAGCUCGACGGCAUGGACGCCCAGCCCACCCUCAUGGGCAGCUACGACGCAGAGAACGGCGAGAACUGGCUCGACGCCAUCAGCGACCGCAUCAUGGCGCUCAUGGCCGCCGGCGACGACGACUACGGCGUCUACGCCAUUGCGCAGUGUCCGCUCGCGCCUCUGCGCCGCCAGAUCUGCGAGGGCCACAACACCUUCCGCCGCGUUGAGCGCCGCCUCGCGGCCAUCAACACGGACUGGAAGUCGUUCGCGACCGAGGAGGAGACGCAGGAGCCGAGCAGCCCCAGCUUCCUGGCGGACAUGGCGCCGGAGGAGCUGGCGGGGUUUCCGGUCCCGGAGGAUGUCGAGGAGGAGAUAGACGAGGAGGAGAUGUCGGAGCUGGUUGUGCGCCGCACAUGUCUGGUGCGCGAGAUCACGGAGGCGACCAUGCAGUACGUGGUCGAGGAGGCGCAGGUCAACCAGGAGAACCAGGCCGCUGAGGAGCGGAGGUGGGACUACGGUCCUGCCAUCAAGAAGUGGAUGGAGAUGUUGGCGGAGAAUGGGUUCUUGGAGGAGAACCUGCACCUGUUCCCCCUGGAGGACAGGAAGAAGAAGUGAAGUCACAAGGAGGUGGCAUGAGUGGUUUGGGCCUGAGCGCCUUUAGAUAGUCUGCUU